UCACACAACAUCGAAAUGUCGAAGAGGAAAAUAAACGAUUUUUUUCUACCGGUACCCGUCACUAAGCGAGUUGUAGGUACUGACUCAGAAAAUCUUGAUAUAAAUCAAAAUAUUUGCAAACCAAAUGAGCUGACACAAGCGGAAAGAUCCUCAACAAAUGUAAUUAAUGCCAGUCUGACCCAGUCUGAAAGUAGCUGUGAUGUGUCCACUGUCCUGACAUGUACAAGUCUUUCAGAAAAUGAACAUUUAAAAUUAAUUGAGUCCUGUUUUCCUGACAUUGAAAAAAAUGAUAUUUCUCAAAAGAUUCAUAACUUCAUGCUUUGCCGCAGGAGUGACUGUUGCUCUCUAAAAUCAAAGGAAAAAUUUGAUCAUGCUUGGCUGAACUCAAAAGAAUUGUCUUUCUGUAAGGUUACAAGAUUAUGGCAUUUCGUUUUCGUUGAGGAACAAGGAGUCUACUGUCUACUUUGUAGAAAACAUAAUAUUAAAAAUCCGAGAAACAGAUCAGCUGUAUUUGCAGAUGAACCAAUCACAGAUCAGCAGGGUCGCAAAGAGAAGUUUUACUAA